CUUUGGAUAUUUAUAACAUUAUUUGCAGGCCAUACAAAAUUAUCAACUUAAAAAUUACGUGGCUCUGAAAAAAAAUUCAAUUUAUUGAAUUUCGAGUCCCGCCUGCAGUUGCCCUGAUGGGGCCAGACCAAACGACACUGCACAUCCCCACCCCUGUCCUAGACCAGGCGCCAGGGUGCUGUGGCUGCCUCCAAGUCCUCCCCGUGCACCCACACACACAGAAGCCUCCAGCACCCCACGCAGGUGACGCCAGGUGCUCCUCGACGACUCCCGGGGCCGGACUGUGACCCAGGGGGCUCCCUGAAAAGUGGCCGGUAAAACCCCUCUAGCUAAGAGACUUGUCCCUCCCGUGCACCCCAGCCCAGGCUACUGCCCAGGGGUAACUAACCCCAGAGCACCUGGGCCCAGAGCAGGAGAGGAAAGCUGAGGCUCCCACCAGUCCUCAUGGCCAGCGGGUCCAGCUCCCCAGGGCCGGUGAGGGGCAAAGUGAACGAGGCCUCGGCUCCCAGGACCAGCUGUGGACAGGCACCCGGUCUCCAGGGCCUGGGAGCUGCGGAGGCCCUGCCCCAGCCCCUGGGGAAUCCUCUGAGCCAACGGCUGCCUCCCGCCUCCACUCCAGGUUUCCUCUGGGAAGCCCUCCAGUCCACCUCCUUCCAGCUGCUUGGCCUUGAACUCCUCUGGGCAGCCUGGCUGGGCAAAUCGCCCUCCUGUUUGUUAACUGGGAGCCUACACCCCAGUCCGGACAGAUGGAUAAAACAAUAACCACCAGUCCCAGGCCCCUUCCGGGCCUUUCCUCCCAGCUUACAGGGGGUGCCAAAGGCAGCCCAGGGGUGAGAAGCAAGGCCUGGGUGGCCUCCUGCAACCCCCACAGGAAUCUCCCCGCCCCUCCCUCCCAGAUUAACCGAAACCUGCUAAUUGUGGCAGCCCUCGCCCGGUCCCCUCCCCCACCGCCCCAUUCCACCUCCCUUUGCCUCCUCUCCCCUCCCCCUUCCAUCCGAAUGAUAAAGGGCCCGGCCCGCCUGCCCCCACCCAGCCCCAGGCCCCAGCCCUGCCCCACCAUCCUGCCCCACUGCCCGGCGCCCUCAGCCCUCCCGGACCCUGGCCCACGCUGCUGGCCUCCCCUCUAUGGGGCCCUGCAGCAGCCCAGGCCUGGGGCUGGCGGGGGCAGGGUCGCCCUCCCAGCCGGCCAAGAGGAGGAAGAAGCGGUACCUGCGGCAUGACAAGCCUCCCUACACCUACCUGGCUAUGAUCGCCCUCGUUAUCCAGGCCGCACCUUCCCGCAGGCUGAAGCUGGCCCAGAUCAUCCGCCAGGUGCAGGCCGUGUUCCCCUUCUUCAGGGACGACUACGAGGGCUGGAAGGACUCCAUCCGCCACAAUCUCUCCUCCAACCGCUGCUUCCGCAAGGUGCCCAAGGACCCUGCGAAGCCCAAGGCCAAGGGCAACUUCUGGGCGGUGGACGUGAGCCUGAUCCCCGCGGAGGCGCUGCGGCUGCAGAACACGGCGCUGUGCCGGCGCUGGCAGGGCAGGGGCGCGCGGAGCGCCUUCGCCAAGGACCUGGGCCCCUACGUGCUGCACGGCCGGCCCUACCGGCCGCCCAGGCCGCCGCGGCCCCUCAGCCCCCCGCGGCCGCCCAGCGAGGGCUUCAGCAUUAAGUCCCUGCUGGGGGACCCCGGGGAGGACGCGCCCCCAAGGCAGGAGGAGGGGGAGCCCUCUGAGCGGCCGCGGUGGCCCCUCGGCCGGCUCCCGGGGGGCCCGAGGCCCGAGGGGGAGCCUUCCCAGGGGAGAGCCAGCGGGCCGCCGCCCCUCCGCCCCGAGCCCAGGGCCUGGCCUCUCCACUUCCUGCAGGGCACCUCCGACCCCGGGGCUCCCGGGGCUUCGCUUUGGGGGCAGCUCCCCACCUCCUACCUGCCCAUAUACACCCCCAACGUGGUGGUGCCCUUGGCACCGCUCCCACCCGCCUCCUGCCCCCAGUGCCCGCCCCCAUCCGGCCCAGCCUACUGGGGGGUGGCCCCCGAAACCCACGGCCCCCCGGGGCUGCUCUGGGAUCUAGACGCCCUGUUCCAGGGGGUGCCACCCAACAAGAGCAUCUAUGAUGUGUGGGUCAGCCACCCUGGGGAGCUGGCUGCCCCCACGCCCGGCUGGCUGCUCUCCUGGUGCAGCCUGUGAGCUCCAGGGCGGGGCUGCCUCUCCUCCCCUCCCUACCCCUCCUACCCCCCCCCCCCCGUGUCCCAUGUGGAGGGGACCAAAGGCCAGGAGGACUCAGAAGUGUGGCCACUGAGAGUCUACCAUGUUUAUUGGCCACCCCACAAAGGGUGUGUCAGCCCGGCCCCAGGCCAGGCUGGGAGGAGUGGCCUUUCCUGUCCCCUUCCUACCCCACCUUCUCUGCCUCUUCAGUCCGUCCAUCCAUCCAUCACCAUCUGCCACUCCCUCUCUUGGCUGCGGGGUUGGGGGAGGGAGAACUUGUAUGGCAGCUCAGCCUGAAGCCCUUUCCUUCCUCAGCUGUCUGGGCAGGAGGAAGCACCUUUCUGGGGAAAGGCAUAGGGGCACAGGGACCCGACCCAGUGUGUGUGGGUGGUGGCGUGGGGGGAGAACAGUAAAGGAAUGGACCACAUUUUAA